GAAGAAACCAAUCUAAAAUCACCACAGAGUAAAGCAAGAAUCAUUAAACAUUUGCAGUUUCUAAAUGGAAGAUAUAAUCCAUAAACAACCCACCAAGCCUUCAGCUCCACAGAUAGAACGGUUCUGGGUGGUUUCAUUCUGUUAUGUCCAGUGCCUAUGAUGUGCCCUAUGAAGCUCAAUAAUGAUAGAAAAAAAAAUGAAACCCAGCCAGGCAUCGUGGUGCACACCUUUAAUUCCAGCACUCGAGAGGCAGAAGCAGGAGGAUCUCUGUAAGUUUGAGGCCAGCCUGAUCAACAAAACAAGUUCCAGGACAGUUGGGGCUGUUACACAGAGAAGCCCUGUCUUCAAAACCCAGAAACAAAAAACAACAAAACAAAAAACAAACAAGCAACCCUGCCCCCGUCCCUGCCCAAAGAAACCCAGCCUCCCUGUACCUUUUUAUUAAUACAGAUGGAAAGUAGGGAGACAAGGAGCUCAUAGCCAGACUUGAUAAAAAUAUCUAGCCUCUAGGACUGUGGUAGAUUUUCAUCUGUGGUAGCUUAAAAUAAUUUCUAUAUGAACCUUAUACCACGAAGCUGUAAUGAUUGAGGAAUUAUAAAUGACCACAAAUAUUUGGGUAUUUUAGUAGCCCUCUGACCCCAAAAUUCCUUAGUCAAAAAUACGUUCCAAAAAGUUAUUAGAAAAUGUUUUCUAUGUCUCUAUACAUGGAUUCAUCUCAGUAGUGUUUAGCUGUCUGACAAGAGGAACUAUUUAUGAUUUAUGGUGUACCUAGUAAGGGAUACCACAGCACAUAAUUGCUUAGAAAGACAACCAGUCUGUCUCCACCUGCUGUCUUGUAAUCUGCCUAUAGCACACAGUGAAGAAGCAGAGUCAGGAUUUAAUCACAGGGGUGACCACCAUAAAGUAUAUGCUCUGCAUCAGCUGAAUGAAGGGUUUACAAGACCUGGGAUUCAGGCUGGACUGUAGGAAUUGUGGAGACACAGAACUGGCUUAGAGGGCAGGCUCCUCCUGGGACAGAUGAGACUAAGUUGGGAAAUGGUUGCUUGGCAAACCAAGCAUAGAUGAAAGCAAACUUUCUCUGCCCAUUUCUCAAACGUUCUGUCAGAAUCUGUACCCUGGAUAAGGAAGUGGCCUUUGAGCUCAGUUCUUCAUGCUCUACCAGAUAUAAAUUAAAGAAGUACUUUGCUUCUGUAUACUUUUGCCUUGUUUCUAUGUACUUCUUUUCAUUUUUAUUACUUUUAUUGAGAUAUUAUUUCUUGCAAGGUGAGGUAAGUUUCUCAUGAUCAUGUAUGUGAGUAAGGGGGUUUCAGAGUUGAGGUAAUGCUUUUUAGUCUGUAUAACUAAAGCGGUCACUUGAUAUAGUCUUCAAUCUCAUUAUGUUAAAGAAAUGCUCAAUGACAUGGUCAGACAUUAUGGAAACUGGGUUACAGAAGACUGGAAGGUAGUCUGUUGUUCCUUGCUGAAGGAACCUGAAUAUUUGCAAUGGCAAAUGUGGUUUUCUGACCUUUGUGCUGAGAAAGUUCGAACUAAUGCAGCCAGCAACAAUCCUGUGCUAAGGGAAGCUUCUUUCCUAUGUUAACAGGCACAGGACCUUGUGAUGACCCUAAUCAGCAGGCUAAUACCCCAGCUGAAACACAUGACCAGCUGAGAGAAAUGGGCAUGGAAGCAUGGGAGCGUCUUCGCCCCAUGGGGAAGAAGUAUGGUUCUUGGAAUAAAGUUAUCCAGAAACCUGACGAGCCUGAUGCUGAACUCCUGGCUAGACUAAACAAACAGCAGAAAGACUGUAAUUGGAGAAGAGGCAGAAUCAACUUCUUAGAAUGCUAGCGUAUGAGAACACCGGUGAGGACUGUAAACGAGCUAUGCUACUGGCAAGAGAACCAGGAGAUAUCAAUAGUUAUAUGAAAGCAUGCAAAGACAUUUUAUCUGAAUGUAGAAAAAUGCAAUUAUUUGCUGAAACUAUGGCCACCGCUUAUCAUAAUUUGCAAAUGGGGAAUAAAAAUUCUAAAGAUUUAAAAUGCUUUGGAUGUGGUGCAAACAGGUCACCUUAAAAUAAAAUUGUAGACAAGAGAAAAAAGUGCUUAUUGGACAGAAUCUAAGUACUAGGUAGAAUUUAUAGAUUAUUCUUCAGCACAACAAAAUGAACUAUAUGCUGUUAUUAAAGCCCUUCAAGAUUUUCCUCAAGAACUAAAUAUUGUAGCCUAUUAGGCCUAUUUUGUAGGAAUUGUACAACAUAUUUUUAAUGCUGCACUUCAUUCCACUAAGUAUUCUUUGUUAACUUUGUUUAAAUUAUUACCACAGUUUUAUUACCCAUGUACGAUCACAUGCAAAUUUGCCUGGAUAUCUUACAUUUGGAAAUGCUCAAGUGGAUAAAUUAAUAGCUUUUUCCUCUGCUCAAGAAGAACAUGAACACUUACAUACUAAUGCUAAUCAUCUACAUGUCCAAUAUAAAAUUCCAUUUUGAUAAGCUAAACAAAUUAUUUUAAAUUGUCAAUUUGUCGUCCGUUAGAUAUAUGUUCUAUUCCUCAGGGGUUAAUCCUCGAGGAUCUCAAUCAAAUAAAAUUUGGCAAGUGAAUGUUACCCAUACUCCAGAAUUUGGAUGAUUAUAUUUCCUCCAUGUGACCACAGAUACUUUCUCAGCAUUUAUAUGGGCUACCCCUUUGGCUGGAAAAUGCAAAAAUCAUGUUAUACAGCAUUUAUUAGAAGUAUUUUCCAUCAUGGGUGUUCCCUCUCUUAUUUAAACAGAUAAUGGACCACCUGCUUAUUCUUUUAAAAAAUUUGGUAAGUUCUUCUGUGAAUGGUAAAAUAUUGCUCAUGUAACAGGUAUUGAAUAUAAACCACAAGGUCGAGCUGUUGUUGAAUGUGCCCAUUAUACCUUGAAACAACAAAUCAAAAAAUUAAAAAGGAGGAAAAAGGAAGAUUAUGGUAUGGAAUUAAUGUGGGAUUUUCAGAAUAAUGUGAGAGCCAGUUUACAUCAAGCGUUGUUUAUAUAAAAUUUACUUAAUAUGCCUCAUGUGCAUAUUUUAACCAGCAAAGAAACGUUUCAUAAACACCUGGAAUGCUGAACUGACAGAAAAAAAUUGGGCCAAAACUGCCAUAGAUGCUGAAUGGUAGCCUGCAUUGCUAAUGGUGAAAGGGAGAGGACAUGGUCUUGUCUCUCUGCAGGAUAGGUGACAAUUACGGCUCCCCGGCCACUGGAUCAGGGCUUGGAAAGGAGCAGAAGCUGAAGACAGGAGUGUGACGUCGUCAUGAUGGCCCUCCGGUCAAAGAAGACAUUGCAGUACUGGCCAUAGCACGAUUAUCUCUAGGGAAGUGACCUCGACGACAUCAGUCUUCACCUCAUCAACAUGGGGUCAGGUGAAAUCUCUUGCAGCCCAGGGUCAGAUUAUUGCCCAGCAGUCCGGAAGACCGGUUACAGCUGAACAUCUCUUUAGAAGGAGAUGCGUACUCUGCUAUCUGUCUCUUCAGUUCAGGGAUCAGCUGUAAGUUAUUGGGCUUAUGUCCCUAACCCACCAAUGUUUGAGCCUGCUUUUGGGGAGAUACUGAUGUGUUAGUGUAUACCACUCCCAGUAUCCUCUCUCCUCCUUGGAAUAACUUACUUAUCUGAAUAAUUUUGAUAGGACUCCAUAUAAUUUUACUUAUGCUUUAAAAAUGGUCCUUGUUUUUCAAUGGAUUUCAGCAUUGGUUACAACCUGGUAUUAAAAUUGGCAGAUCUCGUACCCAUCUUCAAAGAUGUUCAGCAUGGUCCAUUAAUCAGACCUGGGACAAUAUUAUUAAAAUUAUGAAUUAGCAUAUCCUAUAUGUCCAGAUUUUACAUAUUAUGGUUUAAAAUAUCAGCCAUUUAUUUGGAAGACUUGUUUGGGCAAAUUUGGCAAAAUAAUUCAAACUAAAUGGAUUAAUUGGGGCCUAUAUGGUCAAUUUAUUAACACUUGUUCUGAAUGGAAUAUUACCACUUAUGAUUUGCGUAAUGUUACCAGGAUGAAUCGGGCAGAGAAUGAAGCGAUAACUGAAAGCCAUCUCCUGGCAUGGGGAGAUGAAGAAAUCAAGGAUAAUUGCAUUGCCUUAAUCAUAGCCCCUACUGCAAUUCAAAUGCAUAUUUGGAAGAUCAUAGCUGCCUUAAAACCUGUUCAACUUUUUAAUGGCUCAUUUGUUGGAACAGCAGUAUCUGCUUCUACUUAUAAAUUUAUCUUGUUUAGAAGUACUAAUGUUACUGCUUGUGUGCCACUACCACAUGUAUUUUUAGUUGGAAGAAUCAAUUUUACAACUGGAACUAGUUGUUAUGAUUGUCAACUGUAUUCAUGUAUUAAUUCCUGUGUUAAGUUUAAUCGUCAUAAUCAAUCACUUAUGAUAUUACAGCAGUGUACGCAUAUUUGGCUGCCUGUAAACUUGGGUUGUUCUUGUGCUACUGCUUCUGUGGCUGGUAUUGCUUUAUAUACAUCCUUGCAGACAAAAUACUUUGUAGAGCAAUGGCAUAAAGAUUCUCAUGAACUCUGGAUACAGCAAGCUCAAAUAGAUGCUCAACUUCAGACAGAGAUUGAUGUACUUAAGCAAACUGUGGAUGGUUGGGAAAGAAAUAUUUAUCUUUGCAAGAACAAAUUACCUUGUGUUGUGAUUGGAAUUCAACCACUUUUUGCAUUACUGAUUUGGCUUAUAAUGAUUCUUUAUACGAAUGGAAGGUUAUUGAAGCUUAUCUUUUAGGCAAUGCCUCUGCUCGAUCUCUCAUUGAUCACUUACAUGAUAAUAUAGGAUUUACUUUUGCUAAAUCAUUUCCUGAUUCGGAUGCCUCCACCACUGCACAAAUUUUUGCUGAUAAAUUGACAGGAUUAGAUCCUAAGGGAUCUUUACAAAGUAUUCUCCACACCUCCAGUGGUGUGCUUAUUGUAAUCAUUCUUAUGCCUCUUUUAUUCUUGAUUAUGUAUCAGUUUUUUAUUUGACCAAAUGCAGAAAAUUUACAUACCUUAAGGUUGAAACUCCUUUUAGCUUCAAAUAAAAAUUUAAAAAAAGAAACUGUGGAGACACAGAACUGGCUUAGAGGGCAGGCUCCUCCUGCGACAGAUGAGAUGAAGUUGGGAAACGGGUGCUUGGCAAACCAAGCAUAGAUGAAAGCAAACUUUCUCUGCCCAUUUCUCAAACGUUCUGUCAGAAUCUGUACCCUGGAUAAGGAAGUGGCCUUUGAGCUCAGUUCUUCACGCUCUACCAGUUACAAAGGAGUGCUUUGCUUCUGUAUACUUUUUGCCUUGUUUCUAUGUACUUCUCUUUAUUUUUAUUACUGUUAUUUAUUGAGAUAUUGUUUCUUGCAAGGUGAGGUAAGAGUUUCUCAUGAUCAUGUACGUGAGUAAAGGGGGGGGGGUUUAGUCUAUAUAAAAAGCCAUACAAAAUAAAGCUUGUUAUGCAGUUGUUCAUACUCUGCAUCCCCUGUGUCCUGAUUUGCACAAGACCCUUACCUGGGGACCCCUGAGAACAUAAGUUUGGAUUCUUAAUACCCCCAUAAAAAACCAGACAACCACUUAAACAGGCAAGCUAUUGAAUGAACUGGUGCGUUCUUCCCAGUCUUACCUGUUUCAAGAAUACUGUCACAGAAAAAUACCAAUGAUUGCAAAGUCAAACUCUCCCUUACUGCCUUUCACCACCACCCUGACUUCUUCCUAGAGAUGCAGCUGCCUGUGAUCUACUGAAAAUGGAACUCAGUGCUGGGUGUGGUGGCCCACACCAGUAAUCCCUGGGGAGAAGAAAGGAGAACAUGAUUCUCAGCUUUGCAUUUCUGGCUGCAAGUGAUUGAUGUGUGCUGCUGGAAGUUGAAGUAGCUAGCUCCCCACCCUUCUGGGUUACUCCACCAGUGACAACACAGGCAGAGUUGGCCUGGCUUCCUUUUUGGUGUUUUGUAGCGGAUAGCUGCCUGCUCAGAACCCACAGAAGCCUACUCCUCAUCCCAGACAGCUGCAGCGGUCCUCUCUCCACAAACCCAGACCCAGGCUCUGCACUUCCCCUCUUGAAGCUGGCUGGCAUCUGGCUCACCAUGAUGUCCACAGAACUCACAAACCCUAUUUCUGGCAUAUUCGGUGACUACAGCUAUGACUCCACUACUUCCAUAGAAGACUCCACUACUUCCAUAGACGACUUCAUGAAUUUCACUGCUGCCGGUGACCUCUUCUGUAAGAAAAGCAAUGUCAGGAAGUUUGCAAGCCAUUUCCUUCCACCUCUGUACUGGCUUGUGUUCAUUGUGGGCACCCUGGGCAACAGCCUGGUCAUCCUUGUCUACUGGUAUUGCACAAGAGUGAAGACCAUGACUGAUAUGUUCCUUUUGAACUUGGCAAUUGCUGAUCUCCUCUUUCUUGCCACUCUUCCCUUUUGGGCAAUUGCUGCUACUGGCCAGUGGACAUUCCAGACCUUCCUGUGCAAGGUUGUAAACAGCAUGUACAAGAUGAACUUCUAUAGCUGUGUGCUACUCAUCAUGUGUAUCAGUGUGGACAGAUACAUUGCCAUUGUACAGGCCAUGAAGGCUCAGAUCUGGAGGCAGAAAAGGCUUCUGUACAGCAAGAUAGUCUGCAUUACCAUCUGGGUAAUGGCAGCUGUGCUCUGUAUCCCAGAAAUCCUGUACAGCCAAAUCAGUAGGGAAUCUGGUAUUGACAUAUGUACCAUGGUCUACCCUAAGGAUAAGAAUGCCAAGCUGAAAUCAGUUGUUUUGAUCCUGAAGGUCACCUUGGGGUUUCUCCUCCCCUUCAUGGUCAUGGCCUUCUGCUACACUAUCAUCAUCCACACCCUGGUACAGGCCAAAAAGUCAUCCAAGCACAAAGCCCUAAAGGUGACCAUCACUGUCCUGACUGUCUUCAUUAUGUCUCAGUUCCCCUACAACUGCAUUCUUGUAGUGCAGGCUGUUGAUGCCUAUGCCAUGUUCAUCUCCAGCUGUGAUACUUCCACCAACAUUGACAUCCUCUUCCAGGUCACUCAGACCAUCGCUUUCCUCCACAGUUGCCUAAACCCCGUUCUGUAUGUAUUUGUGGGUGAGAGAUUCCGCAGGGAUCUCAUGAAGACCCUAAAGAACUUGGGAUGCAUUAGCCAGGCCCAGUGGGUUUCAUUCACAAGGAGAGAGGGUAGCUUGAAGCUUUCUUCCAUGCUAUUGGAGACAACCUCAGGGGCUCUCUCCCUCUGAAAGAAGUUCUCAAUGAGACAGAUGGUCCUUUUGGGAAUGAUGAGAUAUAUAGACACAAACAACAUAGUCGCCCGACUGAUGAGAAAACAAAUCAUAAGAAAUGAGAAAAAAACAAAACAAAGUAAAGCAAAUUAGGAUGAGCCUAAACAGCUUUAUCAUGCUUAGUCAGGAUAUGCCGAAGUCUUCAAACCUGACCACACCAGCAGGGCACUAGCUGUAUUUUGGUUGUAACUGCAGUUCUGAGGAGGAUGCUCGAUCGGCAGUGAAGACACCUCAGCCGUGCACAUGCCAUCAGUGCAGCUCUGUUCUGGAGGUGUUGCGUUUCUUCAAUGCUCCCCAUUUCUGUUACUCCAGAUUCGUCGCUACUACUCUCCAGAGGUGACAGAGCACUGACUGCUGCCGUAGUCCACAAAAGCAAGGCUCAGUGACAUUUUCCACCUUGGGAUCUUUUCUCAUUGGUCCCAUUAGUGGGAAGACUGUGUUUGUACAUCUCAUUACUUACAGAUUUUUAGAUCUAGAAUAUACCCAAAUGAUCUGAGGUUUAAUGCCUUUCUGAUCUCCUUAGUCUCUUGUGAGUCAAGGGGAACCAUUUUUUUCCUAUUUUGGAGCCACUUGUAAGACAGGUUGGUCAGUCCAGGUACAGAUGACCACAUCAUAACAUCAAUUAGAGUCUGUUGCUCCUACUCUACUUCUGUGUCUGGCUGGAGGUGCCAUGUCCAAACCUACCUGUAGGCUCUGUCUAGGAAGUGAUCUAGCCUGUUCCCUGAGGUGGCAAAACAGCUCUCACAGACCAAGCCUGAGAAUAUACUUGGGUGGUGGAGACCUAGCAUUGGCUCUGUUGGAACUUUUUCAGGGUAGAAGCAUUUGCUGCAGGUUCUCCCAUAUCCUGUCAGUGACAUAUCCUUUCCUUCUGAGGCUUCCAGAAGGGUGUCUGCCUCCCUACUGCCUCCCCUUUCCAUACUCUGUAGUGCCAACAGUUUACGAAAAAUUUAACUUUAGAGAGAUUAAGAAAAAAACAUGUAUUAUAUUUCACUUUUUACCUAUGUUUUUUUUAACUACUUACCAAAUUUCUCACAUUGGAAAAAAAUCAUUGCAUAUCCUGGAAAAGUGCUUUAUAAUGUAUAUUUUAAAAUGUUCAUCACUUGCUAUUUGUUUUAUGCUUUCUCAUUAUUAUAAUUGUGAGCAAUUAAAUAUCAAAUAGAAAUACAAUAAUUGUAAAGCGUGAGAUGGCGGUAAACCUUUACUUGUUUUGGAUUGCCCAUGUAACCAACUUUUACAACAUAAUGCAGAACUAUAAUCUCAAGUUAUGUAUUCUAUGCCCCUCACCUGAGGAAUGCAUGUAUGUUUGCAUGUUUGUAAUAAUAAUCAUUUGCUGAAAACAACAAAAAUAGAGGUUGAAAGCAAUCUUAUAAAAUGAAUAUCCACCAUAAAUUCUGAACACAAUAUAUGAACUGUUAACAAUGAUUGCUGUAUACUGUUUGUUAUCUGGGUCAGUUGAAGUCUAUAACUUAAUCCCUCAUAAAACUUAAAAAUUUCUGUAAAGUAUUUAUUUAAAGUAUUACUUCUCCAGAUGAUGCUUUCUGUUCAAUAAAUCCUUUAUUGGGGAUAGA